UGAAAGUUAUUGAAGUUAUAAACAUGCAGCUUUUCACACGAGUUAUCCUGUUGGCCGUGACCAUUUUCAGCGUCAGCGCCGUGCCGCGUUUUGGAGAAGAUAUUGGUCUGGAGCAGGUCCUAUUCCGCAUGGUCCUGGGUGAGGCUGAGGGUCGAGGUCUGACUCCUGCUGCGCAGACUUGUGCCAACAUCUACCUGAACACCACCCAGAAGAACGGCGAUAAGUUGGCCAAUGCCACCAAUGCCUGCGAGGAGGCAGCCAAUCGCACGAAUGUGGCCUACACCCAGACCAGCAACUCCACCAUCAACCAGAUCCGUCUCCAGUUGUUGACCCUGGAACAGAACCUGCAGCUGUGCCGCAACGAGACCGAUUCGGCUGUUUUCCUGAACUGCACUGUGUCCACUUUCGACAAGAACCUCCAGCUGCUGGACACCUCCAACUCGCAGGCCUACCGAUCUCAGUCCCAGUUCGUUUCCAAUGCCACUCAGGUGAAUGCCGAGAAGUCCAACUGCAUCAGCUCGGCUGUUAGCGAGGCCAAGGUUCAGUCCAUCCAGGCGGCCAAUGACUUCAAUUCGUGCCUGGACAAGAUCCCAGCCCAGCGUGAGGUGCCCCAAAAGAUGGAUCAGCAGCUGAGGGAGCAGCAGCAGGUGAAGCCCACCCAGAUACCCAAGGAGCAAGUAUCUGCGAAGCCACAGCUGAUGUUCGAAGAUCUGCCUUUGACCAACUAAGCUCACAGAUAAAUAGUUAAUAAACUGCUUAACUUCACAGAGAA